AUGUUCAGAAAACCUGCGGAUGAGGCACUUCGGGACACGGUGGUGAUGGGCUUACGGCUGGACUCGAUCACCUUGAAGGUCUUUUCCAACCACAAUGAUGCUGUGAUUGAACAUUUGAGGCGUGACCGUGUGCCCUUGGUGUCUCCGCAGGCGCUGCGGCGGGAGGCCGGCGGGCUCGGCGGCGCGGCGCCGCUCUGCACCAGGCCGGGUGGCCCCUCCGCUCGGCCCGGAACGCAAUCCUCUUUAUGCCAUUUCCUAGAUGUAGUGGCACCACAGGGAAGCACCAAGCUGCUAGCCACCAGAGCAACAGUUGAAAUUCCUAAAAUGUUGUCUUCUAGCUCUCCCCCAGCAUCUGCAAACAAAGGUGAGACUGUAUCUAGUCCUAACCUCAAGGAAACUUCAGAACUUUCUGUUGAAGAUCUGAGGGUGUUCAUGUCAAGAAAGACUGUGGUUGCAUUUCCUCAGCGAGUAAUUCUUUCCUCCUCCUCUGAGGAGAAGCUCACUGAAACAGCAGGAGGCUUGAGGAAAGAGUUAGCUGAGGAAGACACGUCUUCAUCCAGCUCAGAUUCAGAUUCUAGCUCAGAUUCUGAAGAAGAGACAGAUGGUGUUAAUGCUCCAGAACUUGCCAUUAGAACCAGAGCAGAGUUUCCAAGACAAGAUUCCAUUUUUUCCAAGAAUGUACCAGUGAAGGUAUGGGUGCUACCAAAAGAGAACUUGCCCCAGAAACACCACAAAGAAUAUGUAGCUAAGAAGAAGCCAGGUGGAACAGAAACUGAUGCCUCCCAUAUCGAGCAUGUCAAAUUUUCUAAAACAUCAGUCAGUCAUAAAACACUAAAACCCAAAGUGAGAGAACCUAACAAAAAGUCAGCUCCAAAAGAAGCAGAUCAGCAGAAACUGGUGUUAGAACCACAUGAGGAUAAAAGCCAAGACGUGACAGAUGUCACUCUUAAAUCCAGUUAUUUGGAGAAAAAGUCCAUUGCUACCAAAGCAGCAGCUGCUCAGUUGAAAGCUCCGUCAGUGACUCAGGAAGACAGAAAGCAAAAACAGAUAUCCAGAGGAAAAGAGAAAAAGGUGAAAGGGGUACAAAAGCCUGAAGCAGAAGAAAUAACUGCUCCUAAACCACAAGAGGUGACUUCUGAAAGCACAGUGCUGGUGGCAAGCACUACAGCAAAGGAGACCAUUCAUGAAACAGGAGUCCAAGCUGGAGAAAACAGCACCACAAUAGAGGAGGCAACAGCAGCUGCCCAGCCCGUGCCAGAGGAAUUCGAUAACUCUACCUACAAGAACCUUCAGCAUCAUGAAUACGACAUUUACACCUUUGCAGAUUAUAAUGUGGAGCUCUCAAAAUUCAGGCAGCCUCAACCAUCUUCUGGAAGACCAUCACCAAGGCACUGAAGGAACCACAUUUAAAACAAAUGCAUGGGCAGAAUGUUAGAUUGUUCUACUUGGCAGUGUUG